AAAAUUGUAAUUUUUGAAGCAAGAGACUGACUGGAAAUUCUGAGCUUCUUAGCAAACGCUGUGCUUUGAAAAAUGACCCUUGCAGUCGACCUUCUUAACCCUUCAUCUCAAACAGAGGUUCAAAAGCACAAGCUCAAGCGUUUGGUGCCAAGUCCAAACUCCUUCUUCAUGGACGUUAAGUGCCCAGGUUGCUUCGCUAUUACAACCGUGUUCUCACACGCUCAAACUGUUGUUUUAUGCGGCUCUUGCUCCACCGUUCUCUCCCAACCAACCGGUGGUAAGGCUCGUUUGACUGAAGGCUGCUCAUUCCGUAGAAAGAACUAAGUUAAAACAAUUAUUGUUAUCUACGAAAUACAUUCUUCAUCAACGAGCACUAGCAACCAUUAAAUCAUCAAUCACUUGAGCCCUUUUCUCUGUGUCUGCAAAUAGCGCUUUGCACAAUCGCACAAGUUCUUCUGAUGAGAAAUCGACCAAGCUGCCUUCCUUGUGAAGGUAGCUCAAAUCUACCAGGCUGGCUUGAAGGAUUUCUGAGAGGUAUGCGAAUUUGAACCAGUUGUCUGUCUGCUUGAAUCCCUCCGUGCCAUUCUCUUCAAAUACGCAUUGUAGUCCUGCUUGCAAAUCUCUGCACAUUUUGCAUAACUUCUGACUGUCUUCUUCGCUGAUAUCAUCCAUAUCUUCAACUGCUUCUAUUACGAAUCUCAUCAAGAAUUCUGCUACUGAACCCAGUAAUUUGUUCAGUUCUUCUUUAUCUAUUACAUCCUUCACAGAUGAUCUCAACCUUGAGAAUGAUGAAAUCACACCAGCGAAUGCUCUUUCGUGAUUUAUAGAUAAAUCCGUCAGUGGUCCCGCAUCAGUUAAUAUAUCAACUAUCUGUCGUCUCUGUUCAACAUCCACAUUCACUAGUGUGGUUUGUUUAAGCAAUUCUAGCUUUUUCGAGCUUGUUUUCAAUUCUCUAUCCGAGACUUCAUGUGAGAGGUACUCGCAAUCGUUAAUAAAUUGAAGCGCCAAUGCUGGUACCAGCUUGAUCGUUUCUCUAUGCACAUAUGGAAAGAGCGACCUGUAGAAGUCCAAUACUAAUUCUGCCACUUCAGUUGCUUUCUCUGGUAAAUUGUUGUCUUUCGAAGGUAUUUCGCUUGUCUG